AUGGAUAAUCAACUUAAAAUUGAAUAGAUAUCAUGUGUUGAUAUUAAUCCUUCUAAUCAAGAUCUAAUAGCAGUUGGUUACGGAGAAUUUGAUAUUGAUUGUACUUAAAGUCUUAAGAAAGGCUAUUUGUGCUUCUGGUCUUUGAAAAACCCAAGAGAUUCUUAAAGCAAUAUUGCUAUUUUCAAUAUUUUAAGUCCUGAUAGCAAGUCUAUAGCUAAUAGUAAUAACCUCGAAGGUAAACAUUUUGAUAUUGUUUGGGAAGUCAAAUGGAUUGAAAGAGGUGAAAAAGAGAUUUUGGUUUCUAUCUCAGGAGAUGGUGGUCUAAGUAUUGAAUUUCCUUAAAGUGAAAACGGAAUUAACUACUUUGCUGCUACUGAGGAAAAUAUUAUCUAUAGAUGCUCUACAUUAUUAACCAAAAAAUAUCAAGCUGUUUAUUAUGGGCAUACUGGAGCAGUCAAUAGGUUAAGAUGCAAUCCAUUUUGGGACUCUAUUAAAUGUCCAGUUUUUAUUACUUGUUCUUAUGAUUGGACUGACUAAGUAAACGAUAUAAUGUGGUCACCAAAUAUAUCCUCAGUAUUUGCUUCAGUGGCAAACGAUGGUAGAAUUGAAAUUUGGGAUAUAUUCAAAGAUAAUCAGCAACCUUAGCUGACUUACUAUGACAGAAAUUCUAAAGGAAAUUACAAAAAUACACCUAAGAGUGUGAUAAAAUUUAGUAAUAAUAGACCUCUUUUAAUAACUGGAAAUAUUAAGGGUUCACUUGAUAUUUAUAGACUCUAUGGGCUUAAUGAUAUUAUUCAAACAAAGGAAGAUCAAAUAUAGAGACUUUUGACUUCAAUUUAAAAAAAUGAUUUAUAAUGA